CUCCUCCUGCUCAAAAACAAGUGGACCGUGGAGCAGCGCAGCCCUGGUUAGUCAGGCUCAGAGCUGGAGACUAUCUGCACUCAUCCAGGGAGGCUGAGCACAUGUUUCCACUGAGACACUCUUCUCGAGCUCCUAAUAUUAUCUGCCUCUGAAACACCAAUGGAUCCGCUGAAAAUCCUCUGAAGAACAAAGAGCAGAUGCAAGAAGGAAAAAAAAGUCCAGCUAUUUUUAUUUUCUUAAUUUGACACAUUUUUGAGAAACUUUUAUUCGGCACAUUCACGAUGGACGUCCCCACGCCACCUCAGAUCACGGUGGACGGGGUUGGUGUCUCGGAGUGUGGGGACGAUGAGGAUCAGCCAGCAGACGACCAUCUCCUGACCCUGAAGGCCUUGACGGAGAAGCUGAGACUGGAGACCAGGAGACCUUCGUACCUGGAGUGGAAAGCCCAGCUGGAGGCGGACAGAUUCAAAGAGUCGGGAACCGGGCAGAACCCGAUUCUGAAGGAAGCUGAAGGGAAACCAGCUGCACCCAAGGAGGGCGCGGUGAACCCUGACGUGAUUCAGUGCAAGCCGCCUUCCGGUGUUCUGAAAGGAUUUGGGAAUAUUGACGAGGCUCUCAGUUGGCUCAGGAGAGAACUGACUGACAUGCGUUUGCAGGACCAGCAGCUGGCCAGGCAGCUCAUGCGGCUCCGCAACGACAUCAACAAGCUGAAGAUCGAGCAGACGUGCCACCUGCACCGCAGGAUGCUCAACGACGCCACCUUCGGCAUGGAGGAGCAGGACGAGCUGUCCGACCUGCUGUUCGAAUGCCCGGUGACCCCGGGCCUCGGCCUCUCGGCCCCGCUGAGACUCAUCGGCGUCACGAAGAUGAACAUUAAUUCUCGCCGGUUCUCGCUCUGCUAGUGGCUCCUGAACACAAAACAGCCUGUACAACACUAUCAGUCCAACAUGUCGGCCAUGUUAGAUAGUAGUGAAACUCUUGAUGCAUUUAGGGAGUUUGACUUUAGUUAGUACAUAUAUAGGUUUAUGGCUCUAUGCUAAAUGGCAGCUAUACAGCAACCUCUCUGUUUUAAAACCUUUUGGCCAGCGUGACUUUAAAUACAAUAACUGCAGUUUUUACACUAAAUCUCAAGCUCGGUCCAGUCCAUUUUAAGCCUCAUCAGUUUUAUUGUUACCUGUUACUUUAUAUAUUUCUCCAUUUUCUUUGAUUGUUUGCUUCGGUGGUUUCUAUCUUCAAGUCAAUAUCAUAUUUAACCGUAUGUCUCCUGCAUACAGACUUUUUGUAUGAUGCUUCCAGUGAGUAUUAUUUGUCCCGGAUCUUAAUCUAAAUGUUUUGUGCUUUUAAAAAGAUGCCUUAUUAUUCAAACUGUACACUAUAUACACAAUGCAAGAUUGAUUUAGCGAGUAGUACCAAUUAUUUUGGGAGGCGCAUAUUUCUACAGAAUGACGAAAAUCGUAUGUUCUAUAUAAUGAUCAUGAUGACUAUAAAAUUGCACUAGAGCGACUGAAGUCAUGAUGGUUUCCAGUAAGGAUGUCUUGCAAAAUCCUGAGCUUUGCCUUUUUAAUAGUUGAGCUCCAGCCAGGAAGUAAUAAGUCUAUGUUGGUAUUUGCUGUAUAAUUGGAUAUAACAUCGGACAUAUGCUAAUUUUCAUAACAAGGACAUUUAGGGGGGGGGGGCAUUUGAAAUGUAAGCACAUGAGAUUCGAGUCAGCUAUUUUCAUGCACAGACCAGGCACUAGGAAAAUGAGUUUCACGGUUUGAGAUGCUCCUCCAUCUGCUGUAAUACAAUCUGAUCAGAGCUUGACAUGUUUGCAGCAGCAGUGCAGACAGAACAGAUACGUCUUAUAUCAACCUCUGAAAUGAUGAUAAUGAUGCUGAUGUGUGUUGCUCGAACAUCAUUCCCUCCCAACACAACACGUUGGCCUCUGUCUCCGUUUGCUUUGAUCUGUUGACUUGAUCGUGUGUCAGUAAUCCUGUAAUCUAAUGGAACAAACUGUACCUUUGUAACGGGUUUUGGAUGAACCUGAUACCCUGAGUGGGUCGUUGUUAGUGCUAAUUUGUUUGUACAAAUGUACGGGAAAUAAAUAAUCCAUCAGGAGAGUGGACAUGUUCUGCUUUAAAUUCUA